AUGACCAAAGAUUUGAAUGAAGAUUCCACCAAGGAUAUUGGUUCCACCGAGGAUUUGAGUAAGGACUUAAAUAAAGAAUUAAGUAAAGAUUUGAGUACAAAGUUAACGACAGUUCCUGAUGAUUAUCAAGUUUUAUUUAAAAAAUUAGAUAUACUGCAUAAUGGAGAGAUUACAAUUAAUGAAUUUACCAAAGCACUUCAAGAAUUGAAUCAUCCAAUAAGUGAUAAACCCGAAUUAAUAAGUCAAGUUUUCAAAUCAUUCGAUUCGAACCAUGAUAAAAUCAUUGAUUUUAAUGAUUUCAAAUUAUAUUUAACCACAACUGACGAUCAAAUUUUAAAAGGAUUCAAUAAAAUUGAUCAAGACAAUGAUGGGAAAUUGAACAAGUCUGAUUUUAUAACUUAUUUAAAGAAGAGUCUUAAUUUAGAUCCAUCAAUUUAUAAUAUCGAUAAGAUUUUUAACACCAUUGAUUAUAAAAAUGAUGGGUAUAUAACGUAUGAUGAAUUCAGAUAUUUUUUAAUUUUAAUGCCUAGAUUACAUGGCUCAAGAAUAAAAACUGCAAUAACUUUCAUCGCCGAAGAAUUAGAUUUAUCAUCCGAUGGUGAUGUCACUUUAAUAAAUCAAUUUUUAAACGGAUUUGGGUUUUUCUUAGCCGGUGGAUUAUCAGGAGUGGUUUCUCGUACUUGUACUGCACCAUUUGAUAGAAUAAAAAUCUUUUUAAUUGCAAGAACUGAUUUAUCUUCCACUGUUUUGCAUUCGAAAAAGGAAAUUGCUAGACAAAUUGCUAAUGGUGCAAGUCAAAAAGUGGUAGAAGAAGCUAGGAAAAAAAUGGUUGCCGCUGAAGAGGCUGCUGCUAAACAAGCUGCUGAACAUCCGAAAACUAUUCGUAGUCCGAUCAUUCAAGCAGCAAGAACUUUAUGGAAACAAGGUGGUAUUAAAACUUUUUAUGUUGGUAAUGGAUUAAACGUUUUAAAAGUUUUCCCCGAAUCAGCAAUGAAAUUUGGUUCUUUUGAAGCAACUAAAAGAUUUUUGGCUAAAAUUGAAGGACUUGAUGAUACAACAAAAUUGUCGAAAGCUCUGACUUAUUUAGCGGGUGGUUUAGGUGGUGUUUGCGCUCAGUUUACUGUUUAUCCGAUCGAUACCUUGAAAUUCCGUUUACAAUGUUCAAAUAUUGAUUCUUCAAUUAGAGGUAAUGCUCUAUUAAUUAAAACUGCCAAAGAUAUGUUUAAAGAAGGCGGAUUAAGAAUAUUUUAUCGUGGUAUAUUUGUUGGUACAAGUGGUAUAUUCCCAUAUGCAGCUUUAGAUUUAGGUACUUUUUCAACAAUUAAAAAAUGGUUGGUUAAAAGAGAAAGUAAAAAAUACUCAAUACCAGAAGAUCAUGUUAAAUUACCAAAUUAUAUGGUUUUAAGUUUAGGUGCAUUAUCAGGAACUUUUGGUGCUUCAGUUGUUUAUCCAAUAAAUUUAUUAAGAACAAGAUUACAAGCUCAAGGGACUUAUGCCCAUCCUUAUAGAUAUGAUGGAUUCAUUGAUGUUUUACAAAAAACAAUUGCAAGAGAAGGUUAUCCUGGCUUAUUCAAAGGUUUAGUCCCAAAUUUAGCUAAAGUUGCUCCAGCAGUUUCAAUUAGUUAUUUCAUGUAUGAAAAUUUAAAACAUAUAUUUAGAUUAGAUGAAACUUUAAAAUAA